UCCUCCUCCUCGGCUGCUCGCCUCUGAUCCAGCGGCUCUCUUUUGGACCAGGACCCGGUACUUUGGGAGUCCUCCUCAGCUCUCCUCUCUCUCCUCUCCCGGCGUCAGGCUCUCCGGAUCCCGGCUGCUCCUCGCCUCCCUUCCUCUGGAGACCCUCUCUUCUCUCCCCAUCUCACUCCAGCUUUAAAGGACUGCUCUGAACACUGGGAUCUAAAACCACCCGGAGAAACCCACAGGGAUCCCGGGCUCUUCUUUGGAUCAGGACCCGGUACUUUGGGAGUCCUCCUCCCCUCCUCUUCCUCCGCCUCCUCCUCCUUUCUGCAUCGCUUUCUCCACCUUAAUCCAGGUGGUCCUUUUGGCUUUUUGAGUGUCUGGUACAGCAGGGAGGAUUACUCUUCUUCUUCUCUUCUUCUUCUUCUUUCUUCUGGUUUCUGCUGAAGACUCCCAGAAGGUUUUUGAUGUUCUCCAUCCAGGACAGCCUCCCCCGGGGGGCCCUGACCAUGAAGGAGGAGCCGCUCCCCACCGGCAUGACCCCUGUCCGAUCCUGGAUGCAGGGCGCCGGGAUCCUGGACGCCAACACAGCGGCACAGAGUGGAGUGGGUCUGGCCCGUGCUCACUUUGAGAAGCAGCCCCCCUCCAACCUGAGGAAGUCCAACUUCUUCCACUUCGUGUUGGCGCUGUACGACCGGCAGGGCCAGCCGGUGGAGAUCGAGAGGACGUCCUACAUCGACUUCGUGGAGAAGGACAAGGAGUAUAAUGGAGAGAAGACCAACAAUGGGAUCCACUACAGGCUACAGCUCCUCUACAGCAACGGCAUCAGGACAGAACAGGAUCUGUUUGUGCGGCUGAUAGACUCCAUGACCAAACAGCCCAUCCUCUACGAAGGUCAGGACAAAAACCCAGAGAUGUGUCGCGUCCUCCUCACCCACGAGAUCAUGUGCAGUCGGUGUUGUGACAAGAAGAGCUGCGGGAACCGCAACGAGACGCCCUCUGACCCCGUCAUCAUCGACAGAUUCUUCCUCAAGUUCUUCCUCAAGUGCAAUCAGAACUGUUUGAAAAAUGCAGGAAACCCCCGAGACAUGCGCCGGUUCCAGGUGGUUGUCUCCACUACAGUGAACGUGGACGGUCACGUCCUCGCCGUGUCCGACAACAUGUUCGUCCACAACAACUCCAAACAUGGCCGCCGCGCCCGGCGCCUCGACCCCUCCGAAGCAGCCACGCCCUGCAUCAAAGCCAUCAGCCCGAGCGAAGGCUGGACGACCGGCGGCGCCACCGUCAUCCUGAUCGGGGACAACUUCUUUGACGGCCUGCAGGUCGUCUUCGGCACCAUGCUGGUGUGGAGCGAGCUGAUCACCCCCCAUGCGAUCCGGGUGCAGACCCCCCCUCGUCACAUCCCCGGGGUCGUGGAGGUCACGCUGUCCUACAAAUCCAAACAGUUCUGCAAAGGAGCGCCGGGACGCUUCGUCUACACCGCCUUGAACGAGCCCACCAUCGACUACGGCUUCCAGAGGUUACAGAAGGUCAUCCCGCGACACCCCGGAGACCCCGAGAGGUUACCUAAGGAGGUGCUGCUGAAGAGAGCAGCCGACCUGGUGGAGGCGCUUUAUGGGAUGCCUCACAACAACCAGGAGAUCAUCCUGAAGAGAGCAGCUGACCUCACCGAGGCUCUGUACAGCGUCCCCCGCAGCCACAACCAGCUGCCCUCCCUCACCGGCUCCGCCCACUCGGGGAUGAUGGGGGUGAACUCCUUCAGCAGUCAGCUCGCCGUCAACAUCUCUGAGGCGUCGCAGGCCGAGCAGGGUUACUCCCGUAACUCGAACAGCGUCUCCCCCCGCGGCUACGUGCCCAGCUCCACGCCUCAGCAGUCCAACUACAACACCAUCACGUCCUCCAUGAACGGGUACGGGGCCGGCAUGACCAACCUGGGGGUCCCGGGGUCCCCCAGCUUCCUCAACGGAUCCACCAACUCUGCUUACGCAAGCCCUCUCUCAUUCUCUCCUGUGCAUAUGGUUUCUGCAGUCAAACAGAAGAGCGCCUUCGCCCCCGUCGUCAGGCCUCAGACCUCCCCGCCCCCCACCUGCACCUCCAACAAUGGCAGCAACCUCCAGGCCAUGGCAGGUCUCAUUGUACCCCCCAUGUGAGGAGGACCCUCCAUCAGACCCCCCCCCCACCCAGCACUGAUGGCUCCCCCAUCCCGUCUCCUGAAACACCACAAAGAAUCGUCCCAUCCUCCCCCGGACUACAGCUGAAGAAGAAGAACGUUUGAAAUGAAUUUCCUGCCGUCGUGCUCGGAACGGAGCCCAGUCAUUGGACGUUAAAAUGUGACAGGUGGUCUCAGAGAUAUUUGAGUGUGUGUGUGUGUGGGGGGGUUACAUGUUGUGUGUCAGUGUGACUUGAGAAGUCUGAACAGGUCUCAGAGUUUGAGACACUGUGAGACAGGAAGUAGAUUCACCGACAGCUUCUGAUCGCUACCAUCUCAUUGGUUAAUAAGAAUCCAUUUAAAGGGCCGGUACACAUUUGAGCCGAUUAUCCACCAAGGCUGCUUCCAACAAUAGUUAAAAGUGUAAUGCUCCGUGACUGGAAGAAAAAUAAGUCAGAACACCUUUAAACAAGGAGAGGAAAUACAGUCACUUCAACGGAAACAGUCGAAGCGUUGGUUUGAAUAAAGGAAAAGUAUCGUUGAAGAGCAAAAAGUCUCAAAAUGUUUCAGAAAUUCUCAGAAAUUCUUAAUGAGAUGUCUCCAAAUGAACGUUGAGCGAGCAGUCAACGUUAUAUUAUUGCUGACUUUAUUAUCAAGUUUUUUCAAAGCAAAUUUCUAAUUGUCUCUAAUUUAAAAAGCACAUUUUAUCUGUGAUCGUUUCUCAGAAGCUCUCGGUGGAUUCUGAAUCUGAAACCAGGAAAAAUUCUACUCUCUUUUUUAUUAUUUUCAGAUCUGGAGAAAGCCGUCAGACGGUUUCCAGAUCUCCAAUCAGAAAUCUCCCGACUCUUUAAAGACGUCUCCUCUCUGUACCAUAGCUUUUAACAGCGUCUCAUAUCCCAAAAAAAGCAGGAAGCUGCAGAACCGUUCUGAACUGAAGACAGUUUCCUGCAGAGAAGAACAAAGGUCUCUCUAACGGUUUAUCGUUUCCUUCCUUUGUGUUUCUGUCAUUUAAAAUACUCCGUACAAUAGUUCUGUUUUUGGCGGUGUGGUAGAUUUAAAGCAGAGAAGCUUGCAGCAGUUUUACUCACAUUCAGAUCCUCUUGUAUUUCUUCUGAUUGUGUUCUUAUUUUAUAUGUAUUUAUAAAAGGAGUUUGUUUUCGGGGAGUUCCUUUUGUGAUUUAGGCCUGAACGAUAGUCUCAAAUAUAUCUGUAAACACAUUUGAUGUCUUAAUACCUUUUAGAUAUUGUAAAAAGAGUGAACAAGUGAGAGGAAUUAACCCUUUUGUAAAAACUAAAGCGACGCCUCGACAGUCACCCUGUUUUUGAAAGCAGGACGUUAAAAAAAGGCUUUCAUCACUUUUGUAUAAAAAACGCUUUUUCCGAUAUUUAACUUUUUGUAAACGCAUCAUUCGUCCCCCUGGUUAUCUCGUCCUUUGUGUAUUAUUGUGAAAUGUAUAAUCAUGGUUAUUUCUUAAUGCACUAUUUUCUGUUGGGGCACUUAAUAAGAGCAAUGCAUCUUAGCAAAAAAGAGAAACAAGCUAAAAGUUACAAAAAAACAGAAAGCUAGAACGAUAUGCACCGAUAUGUUGGUUUGUUUUCUGAGAUCCUCGUCAUGUGAAGUUUUUAUAUUUCAGAAGCUUAUAAUAAUCCUCCACUCUUACGUUGGGUUUCGGUGUUUAGAAGACCAUAUUUUAUCUUGAUAUUCAGACCCGAUCCUGGUCUUUGUGUUUGUUGGUGAGAAUGAUCGUACGGUUUUAAAAACAGGCAGAUUUUAUCCGAAAAACAGUUUUUGGAUCUCAAGGAAACUUCCACCGAUCCGGAAUUACUUAUGCAACUGUGUUCCUGUUCUGUACCGGAAGAUGAAGUCGAUGCCCUGCGAUCGACGACACAAACCUUCCUGUUUGUUCGACUAAGCUUCAGUUCGGCAGCGGUUAUCGUACGUUUUAUUUCUCCUCGUAUUCCUCGCGUUUCCAGUGAAACUGAGAGAAUUUUUACUUUUGUUUGCACCGUUUGUCCCUCAGGUUACCCCCCCCCCCAAAAAAAAUGUUUGCAUCAUCAGCGCCGACCUGAAACUGGAAAACAGCUCGUUAGCGGUUAGCUUUCUAAACGAUUACCUUUAAAAAGGUAAACAGCGCCGUCUAACGACGCAGAGAGGUACUACAACUAAACCGGGCGGAUAAUGCACGAGACCGUCAGGAACAUGAAUAAAAACAAAUACUUCCACAGCACAUAAUCAUCAUUCAGCCUCUUAAAAUCACAUUACGAUUAAAACAUUUCCUCAUGGCAGCAUCUAAACAAACGUACGAAAAAUGCUACAAUAACGACUUUGGUACGAAAAGCCAAAUCUCCUUAUUCUGCGACGUGCGUAUUUUAGAUCAGACGACGCUCCAUUGAUCCCAUCCUUUCUGGACUCAAAUAAGAAGAAAUGGUCUUUUUAAUUACAAACUUAGACUCGUAGUUACGUCAUCUUUACUCACAGAAAUCUGCCACAGAUUAGAGAUCGAGCUAAAUCUAUCCUUCAGAACUCCCAUGGUUCGGUUUCAGGACUCUCUCUGUCUCUGGGUAUGAAGGAUCAGAAAGCGAGUCAUGCUGAAAGAAAGUCCUCUUCCAUCGCUGGAGAUCAAAAAGAUCGUCUGGAUCUCUGAACUUUAGACGGAUCAUAUUUUUGACUUUAUGCAAACUGAAUCUGUCCGGCGUCUUCAGGAAACCCCUCUGAGAAAUUUAACGGUGAGCACCUCGGAGCCUCCGUCCUCUCGAGCGUGUCCUCGCUGUGAUGAUGAUCACCUCAUUUUCGGUCCCAGUUGUAGAAAGUCCUCCUCACCGUCCUGGUUUUCCCUUCGAUGUUUUUCUUCAAUGUGAACGCGGGCAGAGGUACUGCGUCUUUGUGAAAUAUGAAAUAUAUCAUCAAAGUAUAUCAAAGCACAAUGUUUAAUUAUUAAUGUCUUUAGAUUACAGACGGGGGCCACCCCCCGCUCCUCUGUCUCUGGCCAUGCUGUAAAUAGAUGCAUGUUUUCCUGGUUUAUUUUCCUGUGAUCCAGUGCUUUUUGUACAGAAACAGUCUAAUAAAGAUUACAUUUGGCUUGAA